ACUACCCAUUUAGUACAGUACUAUUGUGUUGUGUAAUAACAUAUUCCAGUACAAUAAGUACUCAUUAAAAUAAGGCCAUUAGCAAUCAAUACGUAAAUGCAGUUAUUGCAUUUGCAGCAGUAAAUCACUGAACGGAACGAUAGCAACUGCAAACAAUGCAGCUCAGUUGAAAUCAACAAAGAUUGUCACAACAAUCGCAGUCUCACGUUACUAAACUCAGUAAAUAUCCGUCGAAUUUUAAAACAUACACGACUAGUGGCGGCCUUACACUCGUUGACCUUAUAGUGGCUUGAUAACGUGACGAUUGAACAGUUUUGUAAACGCGGCCGGCGCAACCACACGCAUCAAAAUGUCAGAAGCAGCGUCUCCCACGCUAUGGGAGGAACUUAUGAGUCCUCUAAACCUUGUGUUAAUAGCUAUUAUUGUGUACCUCGUGUAUAAAAUUAUUAAAUCAAACUUUGAAUCUGAAGUGACCGUGGCUCCACCACCUCCAAGCCUACCAAAACUGAGGAAGGAUUUGACAGUUGCCGAGAUCAAGAAAUAUGAUGGAACACAGCCGGACGGCAGAGUACUACUCGCUGUGAACGGAACAAUUUUCGAUGUAACCAAGGGCAAGAGAUUUUACGGUCCCGGUGGACCGUACUCAGCUUUUGCUGGUAAAGAUGCUACUAGAGGCUUGGCUACCGGUCAGGUAGCUGCCUCCGACAAGGAAUACGAUGACGUCAGUGACCUGACUCCUGAUGAGGUAGCAUCGGCAAAGGAGUGGGAGGAACAGUUCAGGGAGAAGUACGACAUUGUCGGCCGUCUCCUGAAGCCUGGUGAGACACCGAACAAAUACAGCGAUGAUGAGUCGGAAGAGAAGAAAUCACAGUAGACUAGACAAAAUAUUAUACUUUAAUAACUAAGUAAUAAAAAAACUUGUUAAAACGUGAUAUUUUGCGGUGCCUAGGGAAAUGUUUAAAAUGUUAAUAAAAUAUUUUUUAUAACAUACG